AUGCGUUUUGGACACAAAAAUAGUUGUCGGAGAUUGCCGGUGACUGUGGAAGCAAUUAGUACUGCUCGCGAACCGGCGAAACGUGGAAAAGCAUUCUGUGAACUAUUCCUGUUGUGUGUGUGACAUCAGGGAGGCGACUGGAAGGGACAGUAAUAAUAUGAGGAGAUGGAUUGAAGGCAGGAUGCUGUAGGAUUGACAGUUGUGAGUAUAUUGACGGAAUAGCCACCACAACAAGAUAACCUCCCUUUGGACUAAGUUACCUUGGACAUUGGUAAAUGAAAAGAACGGGAAAGACAGAAAGCCACUAUUUAUAAUCAAGAGGAACCCUCAUGGAUCUUCGUGUUUCUCAGCUCUUGGGAUAUUCUGCUUGGACACCCACUUUAUAUUCAUGGGUACUUCGUUGCCUCGUAGAGUCGUAGACAGCAUGUGUGGAAGCUGCAUUGAUGGGAUGGGCAUCACUCCCCGCAUCACUCAUAAAUGACUGUUGUUUAGAUUGGAGCACAUUGUACUAGCACUAUAUACCCGAGGAAUCCGAUAAAAACCAAGAUGAAUCUACACCAUAUAUUUCGGUUUUGUUUAAAAAGGAUUUACGCGGUUUGUUUCAUUUUUACUCUGUCCAUCAUGAUCGCUGGAUUCUUGCCAUUUAUAUCAUCAGUAUGUGCGAGUCCCUCUGGUGGAGGGGGCGGGGCACCAGGACAACUUGCUCCUCUCUCCGAGGAGGAUGCCCCAUCUGAAAUUACCACCGGAGCAUUUGCAUAUCUAAGUAAAUAUGGUUAUAUACGAAAUGACAACCCUCAAGCCAGUACUAUACGACGAUUAGAAGAUUACCAUUCAGCCAUUCGAAACUUUCAACAAUUUUACCGCUUGCCAGAAACCGGUCAAAUGGAUGAGGAGACCAGUCGGUUGAUGUCCUAUCCGCGGUGCGGUAUGCCGGAUGUUAUCCAACGAGGUGAUCAGGAUCAAACCCGGUUCAGGAGAUACUCUGAUUCUGGGGAUAAGUGGGAUCAUGAAGACAUCACAUAUAGAAUAUUGAACUUUACCCCCGACCUCACGGAGGAGGAAAUCGUCGAUGCCAUCGAGCGUGCUUUUAAAGUCUGGAGUGACGUCACACCACUGACCUUUCGUCGCGUAUUCAACGUGCCCGGCGACAUCCAUAUACAGUUCUCUGAAUACGACCAUGGUGACGGUGUCGCCUUUGAUGGCAAUGGCGGUACGCUAGCACACGCCUACUUCCCGGGGAAUGGUAUCGGUGGCGAUGCCCACUUCGACGACAGUGAAAUAUUCAGCGUUUUCCUAUCUGACGAUGAUAAAGUCGAUCUGUUCAUGGUGGCAGCUCACGAAUUUGGCCACAGCCUGGGGUUGGGACACUCUUCCGAAAUUCAGGCGUUGAUGGCGCCCUUCUAUAUUGCCUAUGAUCCAGAGUUCAGUCUUGGAUAUGAUGACCUCCAUGGGAUACAGUCAAUUUAUGGUAUAAACUCUGAUCCUCGACCAGGUGAUCGGUAUAUACCCCAACGUCCCCAACCCAGUCCACCGGAUCCAGAGGUUGAAAGAUGUAGUAAAAGCUUCAAUGCUGUCGCAUUCAUUAGAAAUGAAUUAUUUCUCUUCAAGGGUAAGAAUUUCUGGAGGAUGCGAGAACAAGGCAAACCUCUAGAAGGGUAUCCUGUAGAGAUGGGUCAGUUUUGGCAUGGUCUUCCACCCAAGAUAGAUGCAGCAUAUGAGAGACAUGAUGGAAAAAUAGUCUUUCUUAAAGGUUCACAUUAUUGGAUAUAUGAAGGAGUCGACAUGGAUCCGAAUUACCCACGCCCGCUCCAUGAAUUCGGGUUACCCGCCGAUGUGGAUGGGGCUUUACCUUGGGGUCGGACCGGAAAGACUUAUUUCUUCAAGGGCGAGAUCUACUGGCGAUAUGACGAGUAUGAAAAUCGAAUGGAUAAAGGUUAUCCAAAACCGAUCAAGGAAAACUGGUUUGGAGUGCCUAACAAUAUUGAUGCAGUAUUCAGACACUAUGAUGGUUAUUCAUGGAAUACAUACUUUAUACGUCAUCGCCGAUAUUGGAGAUUCGACGAAUCUCUAGGGCAAGUCGAUCUCGGUUUCCCGCGAAACUUUGGGGUCGACUGGAUGGGCUGCAAAGAAAAGAACGAGGAGGUGGAUCCUCAGCCUGGUCAACUACGAGCUGAAGUAACCAUGAUCUCCUCAACGACAUCAGAAAGCAGUAGUCCACUUACUUCGUCACUAUCAUAUCUAUGUUUAUGUAUAUCUAUCUUGUGUGCAUUAGUAUUAAAGACAUCAUAGCAUCAUAGUCUUUCUUGAAAACUGGUUUGCUAUACAUCAAAAAUAAAUCCUACAUAGGAUUGGUGUUAUUACAGUAUAUGGGGACUCAUCCAAAUUUUGAUUCAAAUCUUUACAUUGAAGAAUUUAGAUCUAUUAUUCUUUGAACAGAAAAGUGGUCUGAUUGAUUUUAAUUCUGUAAUUUGGAGUGUAAUUGUGUAGCUGCAGCCAUUGAUGUAUUAUUGCUAGGCUUGUACUUUUGGGACUAAUACAUUGUAUGUUUCUAAAUGUAGUUGACAAUCAUUUUGAGUACAAAUUUUAUUUUCUCACAUGAUGCCUAUCUUUAUGCACUGUGAGCUGCCAUUGGAGAAGGGUAGUCCAGUCUGCAUACACUCUUAUUUCUGCGGAGUCAAAUUUGACUUAGAAUGGCGCCAGCUGUGAGUCAACUCC